ACAGGCAUGGAAACAUCAAAAAUAAUCCCCAUUUUCCUUCUUUAUAUUCUUCUUUUCUCUUUAAUUCCACUACAAAUUGAAUCAUCCGCGAAAACAGAAGCAGAGACUCUUGUAAGAUGGAAGAACACCUUAUUAUCUCACGAUUUUCUCGAUUCAUGGAACCUCGACGAUCAUACGAAUCUAUGUAGAUGGCAAGGGAUUGUGUGCAAUACUGAGGGUUCGACUUCUGAGAUAAAUUUAUCUCAUGCAAACAUUAAUGGCACGCUCCAACAACUCGAUUUUGCUUUAGUUUCAAAUCUCACACAUUUCAACCUUCAAAAUAACAAUUUCAGCGGGUUUAUACCAUCUACUAUUGGCAGUCUCUCGAAGCUCACUAUCUUAGACUUGAGCAACAAUGAAUUCCUAGGCAUAAUUCCACCGGAAAUUGGAAAUUUGACCGAGCUUCGGUACAUUAGUUUAUAUGGCAACAGUCUCAGUGGUCCAGUUCCAUAUCAAAUUAGUGAUCUUCAAAAAGCAUGGUACUUAGAUUUUGGACUCAAUAUCUUAGAAACUCCAAACUGGUCUAAAUUCCAAGGUUUCCCCUUACUGACACACCUCAGCUUUCACAGCAACAACAUCACUUUGGAAUUUCCUGAUUUCAUACUCUUGUGCCAGAACCUUACAUAUCUUGAUUUGUCACGAAACUACUUGACUGGUGAAAUUUCAAAAUCAUUAUUCAGCAAUCAGGGCAAGCUAAGGAAGUUGAAAGAUCUUCGCUUACAGUACAACUUAUUAUCUGGUUCAAUCCCAGAUUUUUUCCAUUUGAUGCCCAAUCUGGAAAUCCUUGAUCUAUCUAAGAAUUCAUUUUCAAGUCCUAUACCUCCAACGAUCAGGAAUCUAGCAAAACUUCAAUUUCUGAAACUUUGCUCCAACAAUCUUACUGGAACUGUUCCAUCUGAGGUUGGAGAUUUAGAAAAAUUGCAAUUUCUUGAUCUCAGUGGAAACCAUUUGAGUGGGCAGUUUCCCAAAACCAUCUCUAAACUUAGUAGAUUAAGGGUUCUUACUCUGAGCCAAAAUAAUUUUUCAGGUAACAUUCUAUCAUUCAUUUGCAAUGUUAGUUUCCUUGAAUAUCUUUUUCUUGAUCAUAAUAGUUUGGAAGGAACAAUUCCAAAUUGUUUCAAAAACUUGAUCAGUAAAGGGCUGAAGUUUUUGAAUUUGAUGAAUAAUCAUUUUCAUGGCACAAUUCCUGCAAUAUCUCCGAAAGGAUGUAAACUGAAGCAUGUUAUCUUAUCCAAGAAUCAAUUGAAAGGAUCAUUUCCCCAAACCUGGAGAAACUGUAAGCUGCUGGAAGUCGUAGAUAUCGGACACAACAAGAUAAGUGGCCCUUUCCCUGGAUGGAUGGGAAGUCUUCCAGAGCUUCGAGUUCUUAUAUUGAAGUUCAACAAAUUCCAUGGUCGAAUACCUGCUUCAUCAAAGGCAAGGCUACCCUUCUCUAAGUUGCGAAUUCUUGACAUCUCCCAUAAUGAGUUCAAUGGACUUCUACCAAUUGGAUAUCUAGAACAAUUCAAAGCCAUUAUGAAUGUGAGUGAAAAGGAAAAGGAAAUGGAAAUAUACCCAUAUUAUACAUAUCCUUUAACCAUUUUGUUAAAAGAGAUCGAGCUUGAGUCGAUUCUCAUCAGAAAGACCUAUACAAGCAUUGAUCUAUCCCACAACAAAUUCCAAGGAGAGAUUCCAAGUUCAAUAGGAAAACUUAAGUUCCUACGAUCUCUGAACUUAUCUUAUAACAAUUUUACCGGCCAUAUCCCACCAUCGCUAGAAAAUUUGACUUCACUCGAAACAUUGGACCUUCGUUCAAACCAAUUGGCAGGACAGAUUCCCUGGCAAUUAACUAGAUUGACAUUUUUGUCAGUCCUUAACCUUUCAUACAAUCAUCUUGUUGGGUCCAUACCUGUGCAAGAGCAGUUUUUAACAUUUAACAACGACUCAUUUGUUGGGAACUCAGAAUUAUGUGGACGCCCCUUGACAAAGAUAUGUAAAAAUGAUGAAGUACAGACGAAGCUUCCCAUGUUGCUGGGACAAGAUGAUGAGUACGACAUUUUAGAUGGAUUCACAUGGCAAGUUGUUCUCCUUGGGUACGGAUGUGGAGUAUUACUCGGAUUGGUUGUGGGAUAUGUUACCUUUAACUAUGAAAAGCCUAAAUGGUUUAUAGAAUUUGUUUAUGGAAUCUACAAUAUCGUUCGACUUUAGC